UUCGUUGUUGAAGGUUUCGUGCUGGAAUAACUAAACGCAUGCGUUUCUUUCUAAAAUAAAUAAUAAAAAUAAUUAAAAAAAAUAUAUAAAUUUAUGAAUUUAUGUAAAAUCUUUAAACGGUAUUCGUAACUUGAAGUGUUUAAAAAAUCUUAUAAGAAAAAGUUCAUUUACUUUGAUUAUAAAGAAAUAUUUAGAAAAAAUCAAAUUAUUUUAUAAAUAAAAAAUAAUUAAAAAAAAUUUCAGUGAAAUUAUAAUAAAAAAAAGAAAAAUUUAACAAAAAAAUUUUAUUUUGUGCAAAAAUGUUGUAAACAAAACAAAUAAAUUGUGUUUUAUGGUGAAAAUGUUUAUUGUCGAAAAAUCUUUAAAAUUCCCUCAAAACUUGGAUUUAUUUUAUGAUCUUUAUACAAUCUUAAGCGGAUUAUAUUAGAUAUUGAAGUAUGAUAAUACUACACCUGUUAGAUAAAACUAAUUACAAUAACAAAAUGUUAUUACAAAUCUUAAUAUUUCUAAUCACUUUGGUGAGUUUUCACAAUCCCACUGAGGGAUUUCAUCAACAGCAUCAUCAUCAACAGCAACAGCAGCAGCAGCAACAUCAUCAUCAGCAAAUGAUUAAUUUAGAGGCUAAUUAUGAAUUAAUCGAAAAUGAUUCCCGUUACAUUUCAUAUCAAGAUCUUAUGACUACAGCCAAACGUUUUGUGGACUCAGAUAUAACAACAUAUUCAGAAUUGUUAUUCGAUGUGGCUAGAAAUCAAAUGAUUGUGGGAGCAAGAGAUAUUUUAUAUCGGAUGUCCUUCGAUUUGGAGUUGCUUGAACGUGCCAAUUGGGAGGCAACAGCAGCACAAAUCGCAAUGUGUCAGGCAAAAGGCCAAUCAGAGCAAAUGUGUCGUAAUUAUGUGCGCGUUUUGCAAACUUAUGGUGAGAAUCUAUUGUACGCGUGUGGGACGUAUGCCUUCAAUCCAAAUUGUACAUGGCGCCAGAUGGAAAAUCUAACAGUUACCGGCUAUGACAGUGGUGUGGGUAAAUGCCCCUUUAAUCCUAAAUCGAAUAUCACCAGUCUAAUGACAAAAGAUGAUAAAAUGUUUGUGGGCACCACUACCGAUUUUUCGGGUAGUGAUGCUGCAAUUUUAAAAUCUGAUAUUCAACAGAAUGUGCCCAAUUAUCAUAAAGUAAUUAGAACUAAACAGUAUAACAAUGAUUGGCUAAAUAAUCCACAGUUUGUGGGUAGUUUUGAGGCUGGUGAAUUUGUUUACUUUUUGUUCCGGGAACCAGCUGUGGAGUACAUGAACUGUGGCAAGGUCAUUUAUUCUCGUAUUGCUCGUGUUUGCAAAAACGAUGCUGGUGGCGAUCAGAUUUUGAGAGAUAAUUGGACGUCGUUUUUAAAAGCACGACUAAAUUGUUCUCUACCCGGUGAAUAUCCAUUUUAUUUUGAUGAAAUUCAAGGCAUGACUUAUUCAGAUGCGGAAAAUGUUUUAUAUGCCACAUUUACAACUCCCGAAAAUAGCAUACAUGGUUCCGCUGUGUGUGCCUACAAUCUCACCUCCAUUAAUGAAGCUUUCGAUGGGCCUUUUAAACAUCAGGAACAUGUCGAUAAUGCCUGGAGACCAGUAAAUUCUAAACAUAACAGUCAAUUUAAAUGUCAAAUUCCCUCGGCAAAUACACGUUCCAAACAUUUCCUAGAGUCCUCCAAAUAUCAGCUAAUGGAUCGUGCCGUACAACCGUUAACACAAAAACCCUUAUAUUUCAGCAAACUUGAAAGAUUUUCUCAAAUCGCUUUAGAUGUUUUACACACUAAAACUGAAAGGGUUAAUGUUUUAUUCAUCAAUACCGAUAAACAUAUGAUCAAGAAAUUAUCACUGAAACAUGAGACAGAAACAACGCCGGCCCAAACUUGCCUUGUGGAAGUAUGGAGAACAGAAGAAGAUGCUAGUAUUCUUAAAAUGGAAUAUUUAAAAGUAACUGAUUCUUUGUAUGUGGGUUCCGAACAGUCUUUAACACGCAUACCAGCUCAACAUUGUAGCCGUCAUGUUACCAAGGCUUCAUGCUUAAAUGCCAUGGAUCCCUAUUGUGGUUGGAAUGAAUUGGUGGAAAAAUGUACGGCCCAAUAUUUGGGAGAACAAAUGACUAAGUAUUGGUUACAGGCAGAGGAAUUAAAAUGUCCUGUGCUAACGGCAGCUAUAGACGGAGCCUGGUCCACCUGGUCAGAUUGGUUUAAAUGCUCGAAACAUGGUGAAAGUGAUGGUGACUGUAUGUGCAGAACGAGGGAGUGUAAUAAUCCUAGACCACAAAAUGGUGGCAAUGAAUGUCGUGGUAUUAAUACCGAGGUUAGCAAUUGUACUGUGCAUGGUGGCUGGACGGAAUGGUCGGCUUGGUCAGCAUGUUCUCAGACCUGCGGUAUAGCUGUUAAGACGAGAAGACGUUAUUGUGGCAAUCCCAAGCCUGCUUUCGGUGGUCGUACUUGUGUGGGUCAGGAAAGAGCUGAAAUGUACUGCAGUCAUUUACCACCCUGUCCGGCUCCUAAACCGGUGGCUAUAGAUGGUGGUUGGGGUCCUUGGGGAGAAUGGAGUGAAUGCAGUGCUUUCUGUGGUGGUGGUUUUCGUAUACGUCGUCGUGAAUGCAAUGAUCCUAGUCCACAAAAUGGUGGCAUGGAAUGUCCUGGCUGUAAUAUCGAUUACGAAGAUUGUAACAUGCAAUCUUGUCCCGAGGUACGCAAACUCAGUGGCUGGACUCCUUGGUUGAUACAACAAAAUAAAACAGAUGAAAGUGAAGGUUCCACGGUGUUAAUGGAGAAACGUUUUCGUUUUGUAUGUCGAGCCAGUACUCCAGAUGCCGGAUCUAUGCACAUAUCCCUGGCCAAAACGGAGAACCGCAUUUGUCGUGAUGGAGUUUGUCAUCGUCAUAAUGAGGCAAAUAUUUUAGAUGAAGCCGAACAUGGAGAAUGGGGUCCCUGUAAUGUAACCUGUGGAGGUGGUGUACAACAUAGAGCAGCCUAUGAUAGCAAUGGCAAACAUCGUGGUAAACAUGUACAAAGUAGGGCUUGUAAUAUGCAUGCUUGUCCUGAAACACCUACGAGUUUCAAUGAAGUAAUAUCCUCCCAUGAAUGGAGUUGUUGGACAGAUUGGUCGCCCUGUUCGGUAACCUGUGGUUUAGGUUUAAGGCGAAGAACACGCAAGUGUUUGGGUGGUCAUGAGAAAAUGUGUCAUGGACGUUCUAUAGAUGAGGAAAAAUGUGAAAUGAAACCCUGUGAAGAUUUCAUCGGUUGGAGUAGUUGGUCCGAAUGGUCGGAUUGCACUAAGGAUGGUAUACGUUUCAGACAUCGCAAAUGUCUGGUGGAAGAGCCUAGUGUAACCGAAUGUCGCGGUGAAGAAUUCGAGAAAACAGCUUGUGUGCCAGGCGAAUGUGAAGGUACACAAAUGGCUUCGACAUCUACUUUAAUUUCCAUUAUAUCUAUAGUGAUUUUACUAUAUGUUCUAACCAUAUUCAUGACAUUCUGGAUGACACGUCGACGUUAUUCACCACCUGUAACGCUUAUGAAAAAUAAUACACCCUCACCCACUGCUUACGAUUCAUAUCCCAAUCAGUAUUCAAGUUUACCCACCAAAGAUGUAAGUUUUUCUUUUAACUAUCAUUGUAAUUUUCAUAUAUUUUUAUAUUUCCCUCUCUAUCUCUCACUCUUUCAGAUCUAUGAUGUCCGUCCCAAAGUUAAACGUCAAUCGAGCUUUAACAUGUGCUCUUCGCCUACAUCGAAAAAUUUCAAAACCGGCACUCUGAAUCGUAAUAAUAUCGCUCACAAUCAUACACCCAAAGUAUUGGCGAAAACCUAUAAUGACUGCGAGACUGGCACGCUCAAACGUAAUUCGAAUGCUUUAAAUAACUAUCGUUCCAAUAUUGAUGAUGAAAAGUUUUAGUGGGGGGUGUAAAAGUAAGAGAAAAAGAGUCAUAUAAUAUUAGGAAAUUAUGAAAUUUACAAAGUCUUUGUGAGAUUUUGAUAGAUCGAAAGAAAUAUUUAGAGAAAUUUUCGUUAAAGUGAAAUUUUGAAUUUGAAUAUAUUUUUGGAUCGUUAUAGAAUUUGUAUUUUUAUAGAAAGCUAUGGAUUUUGGUGUAAGAAAACCUUAGAGAAUGUUUCGAAAUUGGAAUGAUUAUUCAAAAUUUUACCCCUUCAGGGUCUCAACGAGAUUGCGAAAAAGAUAUUCAUGUUUGUAGGAAUGAGUUCUUUAAAAGGUUAACUUACGUGUGCAUGUAAAGUUGACGUAGAGUUCAUUUUCAGACUUAUGGGUCCUUAGGUUCAGUUGUUUUACAAUGAGGAUUCUCCAUAUAGAUCGACUUAAAUGGAUCAAUAUAUUGUUUAAAUCUAAAGAUCUAUUAAUAUUUGUGCGAUUUCAAAUCAUCAACGGAUCUAGCUUCUAGAAACAUAAAUGUAUAUGCAGCUAAAGGUGAAACUGAAAUCUAAUGAUAUUUAAUAGCUUAACUCAGACAUCAGACAUAUAGAUUUCGAUCGAUAUUCGAUCUAAAUAAUGGGAUCUCGAUUGUUUCUCUUUUCAAUGUGGAUCAAAAUGAAGACUUUCUCAAAGUUUUAAUAAAAUGAGUACAAUCUGAGAGAAGAUGUUUUAAGGCCACUUAAAAGUCCUCUAUCGGAGCGACUUCUCAAAAUAUCAUUUUGUAUAACAAAUGUUAGAUCUCAAGUAACUCCUUUAGAACUGUGGAUUAAAAUGAAGACUUUAUUAAAAGAGUUUUAUGAAAUGAGUUCAAAUUGAGAAAAAACGUCUUAAAACUUCUGAAAUCGAUAACGGAGCAACUUCUUAAAAUAUAAUUUUGUAUAAAAGAAGUUUAAACUAUAUUCAGUAAAUCAUUUGAAAUCUCAAUUUCAGAACUAACUCUGAUUUUGAAAACUCUAUCAAAGUCAUAAUCGAAUGGUUUAGUUUAAGUUUGAAGAUAUAGACGUUUCCAUAUGUUCUUGAUCUCCUACUUCCGUUUGAGUUGAGAACUAGUUCUUAGAGCAUCUGUUAAUGAUAUUCGAUCGCAGUAAUGGGGUCUAGAUAGUUUCUUCAUUAAUUAUGCAUCAAAAUAAAGACUUUCUCAAACGAGUUUUAUGAAAUGGGUUUAAACUGAGGGAAGACGAUUUAAAACAUCUUAAGUCCAUAUCGGAGCGUCUUCUCAAAAUAUCAAUUUAUAUAACAAAUAUUAGAACUAUAUUCAGUAGAUCGUUCAAAACCUCUAUUUCAGAUUCUAAGGUAAUACUGAUCUCAGUAAUGACGUCUAGAUUGUUUCACUAUUAAAUGUGGAUCAAAAUUAAAACAUCUUAAGUCCAUAUCGGAGCGACUUCUCAAAAGUAUAAUAAAGAUCUUUUAAGAACUUAAUUUCCAAAUUUAUUCAUAUCUGACAGUAGAAAAAAUUCCAAAAACUCAGUAAUAUCGGUAAAAAAUACGAAUCUUUGAUAAGUUCGCGAGUGAUCCUUUUAGUAAUUUUCUAAGUUAAAAGAAUGCAUUUCAAACAGAUAUUUCCCUUUUCUGAAGACUUUAUAUUUUUGAAUUCUAAAAACAAAUUCCAAAAUAUAAAAGUUUUUCAAAUUUUAAAACCAAAAUACCAAAAUUUUUCACAAUAAUAUCUAUCAAUUUCUCUUUAAUUCCGAUAAUUUUUAAGAAAUAAAAGCGAACCGAUUACAACAUUUCCAAUAAAAAUUUUAAAAUUUUGUAUUUUAAAAAUUUUCAAAAAAUUUAAAAAUUCAAAUUUGAACUAAAUUUAUAAAAUUUUAAAUAAAAAAAUUUUGGAAAAAUUUUAAAAAUUUAAUUGGAAAUGGUGUAUUGUAAGCCAGUUUGAAAGCUAAAAUUUAUAAAAAUAAAUGAAUGUACCAUACUGUGCCAUUAUUUAAGCCAGCUUAAUAUAAGACAAGAUUUCAAAAUCGCUUUAAAAUAUUAAGAAAAUUUUUAAUUCCAAAAAAAAAUUUAAAAAACGAUUUUUCUUUUAAAAACAAAAUGGCGUUAUUAGUAAGAAAUAAGAAAAUUAUUAUUGACUCAUAUUGAGUUG